GUCGGAGACGUUUUUUUUUAAUUUUGUAUAUACGUUUAGAAAAAAAAUUGGAUCUUUGACGAAUCGCCGGCGACGGCUAUGGAAGAGCUUAUGGGUGAAGGAGAGAAACGGCCGAUUCUUACCAUUGUGUUCAUCGUCGCUAUGCAAAAGGAAGCUCAGCCUCUGAUCAAUAGAUUACGGCUUGUUGAAGAAGUUAAUACGCCGUUUCCAAAAGAGGUGACUUGGGUUCUGUUUAAAGGAAUGUAUAAAGAUUUGAGCAUUAAUAUUGUGUGUCCAGGAAAGGAUUCAACUUUAGGGGUAGAGAGUGUUGGCACGGUUCCUGCAUCUCUCGUGACUUAUGCUUCCAUUCUAGCAAUUCAACCAGACUUGAUUAUUAAUGCGGGAACUGCUGGUGGCUUUAGGGUACAUAUAUUACAAGCCAAAGGAGCAUGUAUUAGCGAUGUUUAUGUUGUCUCCACUGUUGCUUUCCAUGACAGAAGGAUACCCGUUCCUGUCCUUGAUCUAUAUGGUGUUGGUAUGCGGAAAGCCUUCCCAACACCCAACCUUAUAAAGGAGCUCAACCUAAAGGUGGGAAGAUUAUCCACUGGCGAUUCUAUGGAUAUGUCUCCACAUGAUGAAGAAUCCAUCACAGCAAAUGAUGCAACAGUUAAAGACAUGGAGGGAGCAGCAGUGGCCUAUGUGGCUGAUAUCUUUAAGGUGCCUACGAUUCUAAUAAAAGGGGUGACUGAUAUUGUGGAUGGAAAUAGACCAACUUCUGAAGAAUUUUUGGAGAACUUAGCUGCAGUCACUGCCAAACUUGAUGAGUCACUUACCAAAGUGAUUGACUUCAUCAGUGGGAAGUGUCUCUCAGACCUCUGACAAGUCAUACAUUUUUAUCCUGGUAGCUUUUCUAUAAUCAGAACCGUAUGUUUCAUCGAUAAGGUUGACGUAUGUGCAUUGGGAGAAGAAAGGAUAUGAAGAUUCAAGCAAGGGGCAUAGAUAGGGAAUAGGUCUGAGUAGAAAUUUCAUUUUAACUCUUCACCUUUCCUCAUUUGUUCUUCUAUUUUUUGCUGUCUUUCGUAUGAUGAUCCAUCAUGCAUGUAGAAACUCAGCAAAUUUUGAUACUCAACAACCGAAUCAGAAAUUUUUAGCCAUAAGAGCAGGAAAAAGAAAUCUCAUCGACCUUUCAUUUACUCU